UGUUUGUUUGUGCGCUUAAUGGCCGCUCGGGGAACAACUAGUAAAUCUGAAGUACAGUUAUCAUAAGUGUGGUGCGUGCGUGUCCGUGUCUCGCUCUGUGUGUGUGUGUGUGUGUGUGUGUGUGUGUGUGUGCGUGGUAAACAAGAAACAACAACAAAUCCUUGGCCGCUUAGCGUCGCGCGUUAUUUCCGGUUCCGUUUCGCUAGAGCCAUAGCCAAGCCAUCUGAUUGAACGGCCAUGGCGGCCCAGUGCCGGGCCAAGACAAUGCCACAAAAAUCCAAAUCCCUAGCCAAACCUUGGCUAACCCAUCAUCUACCACCGCUACUAUUGUCCAUUGUCUUUCUAAUUUUGGUGACAGGACGAAUUGAGGCGGCCGGAAAUGACGUUAUUUCCGUUGCUGCUGCCAACGCUGCUGAGACAUCAACGUUGAGAAGGCCAAUGAUCCUACGCCUGAAACGCGAAAUCAAUGUCAUGAAUAUGGACGACGAUGACAACGACAACGAUAACGACGAAGAUGACAACGGCGGCGUCGGCGUCAGCGUCGGCGGUGCUAAUGAUAACGAUAAUGAUGAUGAGGAAGCAACUCUCAUGGAUACGGAACAGCAGCCACGUUCAAAGCAGACAACUCAAAAAGCCGACAGAGAUUUUGACUUUGCUGCCUAUAUCAAUGAUUUCAAUUUACAAGAAGAGGCCUCCAUACCUGAGGACAUAUUUGACCAGCAUGAUGGCGAUAUUGAGGAUGCAGCUUCUGUUCCUACGGCUGAUGAUGAAUCCGAUGCUGAUAUUAUACUUGAAUCUCAACGGCCCACUUCAAGGAAUUUCAGUGUUUACCUAGAGACAGCCAAGAAAUAUCCAAAGAACAACUACAAAUUGAGAAACAAUAAAGAGGCGAAUACAAAAUCCACUACCAAUGUGAGCAAUGGGCAAAGGGAAAAUGAGAAGGGAAACGGAAAGGCAAAAGAGCAGACGGACGCGAACUUUGGUCGAAAAAGUUUUGCGUAUAAAAAAUUGAAGAACAUGCACGAACAGAAGCAACAGCAGCAACAACUAAAGCAGAAGAACGAUGAGAACGAGGACGACGAAGAAGAUGAGCUGGAAAAGGAGAUGGAGGAGCAAGAACAGGAACAGGAGCAAGAGCAAGAGGAGCAGGAGAAUGAAAAGGAGAUAGAGAAACAGCAACGGCGGCAGCUGUUUGAUUCUAUUGAAAUAUUCAAUGAACGAAAAUUUAAUAAACCUUCUGUGGACGAAAACCAUGAUGAGAUAGAAAAGGAGCCAGAGACGGAGCAGCUCCAUGAGGAAGAUGGUGAUAUUUUGGCAAUUGGUGAUAUCGAAGAUAAUUUUAGUAAUAGUAAUGAUGAAGUGGCCGACAAUGUUGACAAUGAUAAAUUAGCAGCAACAUCAAUACCCACAACAACAACAUAUUCACCAACUAGCACCGCUAGCUCUACCACCACCACCACCACUAGAGACACUAUGACCACAACAACCCCUUCAACCUCUGUCCCAUUUAUCGGCAAGAAACUCAAGCGUCGUUACUACGAUUUAGGCCACAUGCAAUCGAAACCAACCGAAACAUCUGCGGACAACGAAAAUGACAAGAUGAAGGAGAACCAGCAGGACUUGACUCUGGGUGAAUUGCAUUACUAUGAUGCCACACAGAAUCUGGAGCAUAAAUUGCCCAACUAUUUUGGCCGCACACUUACCAAGAAAAAUCGUACAAACAUUGAGCGAUUUGUCGAUGAUGAUUAUUCGGAACAGGAACCACCGCAGGAUAUGGACAAACCACAGAAUGUGGCAUCAAUCGCUGACAUCUACUAUCAAGAGGAUGCCAUGACAACGACUACAGCAGCAGUUCCCACAUUUGCCGCCACAACAACAACAACACCACCACCACCACCAUACUCCUCCUAUCCGUAUAUGUAUACUCAAACCUCGAGUUAUUCGACACCAUCACCGUCAGCUUUUGAGCGUUUCAAGGCCUUGCGGCGUAGCAAUCACCGCAAUGGCCACAAGAGUCACAAGAAACGCUAUAAGGAUUACUUGAGGCAUCAUUCAGCAGCAAACGAAAUGGUCAGCAAGCAUAUGCAAAAGCUACGCAAAGAACAACAACAACAACAACAACAGCAACAGGAUGCACCACAUGCAGCGCCAAUUUUCGCUUUAGGUAUACGACCACAACGUCCGACUAUUGUGACACCAAAACCAUUCUAUGAGGGUCAAGUGAACUAUUAUGAUCAGGCACAGGAUAACGAUUCGAACGAAGAUCUGGAACAUCAUACGGAAAUGCAACGACUUAUCGCUCACGACAAUGGCAAUUGGUAUCGACGCAUUAGUCCAGUUCUUAGAAAUGGCAUCAAAAGCAGUGCAAACAAUGGACCCGAACAGCUCUCCCCCUCGGCGAACUCUCUGUCGUUGCGUCAUCAUGUAAAACAACUGGAGCCACCACAUCAUCAUCCAUAUCAUCAUCAAGCACACCAACAUCAUCAUCACCAGCAUCAUAGUCAUCAUCAGCAUGGACAUAAUCAUCAUCAGCAUCAUCAUAAGCCGCAGCGUCUACCAAAUCCCUAUCAACGGAAACUAUCGCCACCGCCUCCUUCGGCACACCCAUCACAGUCGCCAUCGCUGGCGUCUUCGAUAACACCACCACCAGCCCCAUUGCCGCCGCCCAAGCAGCAAUUGGGCCAUCAAAUCACCGAGCUGGAACAAUUGGAGCGUUACUAUGCCAAAUGGCCGCAUCUGGCUCGUGUACAAUUUCAGAUCUAUGAUGAACAUUAUCGUGAAUCGCAUCCCGAUUUGUAUCCAGACUAUGAAGAGGAUUAUGAAACAGCCGCCGAAAUGGAAGAAGCCCAACAGGAGCAUGGCGAUGAGGCCAAUUUGCCACCUUAUAUAAAAAAGUAUAAUCGAAGGAAUAAACAAUUGCUCAAUCUGCUUGAGGGUACUUUGCCGCCGCCAUCGCCUCCGCCGUUAUCCAUCAGCGCAAAGGAGACCAGGGCAGGUGUGGGCGGUGGAGAGAUUGCCCCCAGACUUGUGUGGAGCAAAUCAGUGCUACAGCCGGGACCGCAUCAAUCGGCGCCAGUUGCGACGCAACCGUUGGGCAUACAUCUAGAUGAUGAUUAUCUCAAACAGAAGCGACGACGCUAUCAUCAGCAACAUCGGGAGGAGAAUCUGUUUGCCCAGCAGCAGCAGCAACAACCACGGAGCAGUACAACGACAAUGGCUAGUCCAACGAUUGCUAGUGUCACAUCUACCGGAUUGCCUAAUCAACUGCCCGAAGAGGAUCUAGAGCAGGGGGCAAGUCCAUUUGACUACUGGAAUUCUCGGGCCGGCAUUGCUGCCGUAGGGGAAGCCGUUCGAGAUGGAGAUGGAGCUAGCACAUCGACAGCUAAGCCAGCAUUAUACAAACUCCCCUCGUAUCCGGCCAUAACAAGCAGUUUUCUGGGUACGCCUCGUAGUCGCAGUCGUAGUGCCCAGUUUGUGGCAAAUGUAUCGGGCAGAGGUCAGAGCAGUUGGCGCCAAACGGAUGCAAUUCAAUCUACAAUGGAGAACAAUGCAACAAUUCGGCCACCACCACCACCAGCAGCAGCUCCACCAUCAUCUCCGCUCAACUCGUUUGUCUAUCAUCGGGUGAACGAUGCCGGCCCUGACAGCCCUUCAUUGCCAUCGUCCGCCGGCUUUGCCUCAUCCUCCUCAUCCGCCUCCUCAUCGCCGUCAUCGUCGUUGUCGUCCUCGCUACUGUCCAGUCGCAAGCAACGUUUGCCAUUUGUGGCCAUCACGGAUCGCCGACUGGAGAGUUUGGGCAGCAAGAAACUGCUCGCUGAGCGACACAAAGACUUUGAGCAGAAUCACUUUCCGUUGCCUUAAGCUCCAAGAUUAGAUGAAGAUGAAGAUGACAAUUUUUUUGUGCAAGGAAACCUUUGCUGGCAAGUAAAAUGCAAUGGAAAUCGAAACAGGAAUAGAUAUAGAUUCUUUUGUAUCUAUUUUGUUUUUUUUUUUUUUUUUUUUGCUAUUCCAUUCUAAAGUUAACAUAUCAACUAAUUGGGCACAAUUUUGUUGCUUCACUGACCUGACUUUGCUCCUUGAUCAAAGAGGAUUUCCAUUGCAAUUUUUCGUUUGCCUCAUAAUCUUGUUUCUGAAUGCCUUUGGAGUUUCUAUUUCUUUUUUG